GCGUUGACCCGUUGUACCGCGAUAUAGGUCUAGUCGCCUGGGUGGCGCAUUGAUGGACAUAACUGGUUCUCGUCGUUUCAACGAGUUAACUUCUGUUGAUUGAACAUCGCAAUCUACUCUCCAGAAGAGACAUUUUUUAAAAUUUUACUGCAAGUCGAUAAAGAUGUUGCUGGUGAAAGUGAGUUUCGUUUUGGCGAUCAGUUCUGCGUUUUUGGUACUGUGGGGUUGGUGUGACUGCGUGCCCAAAUGCUGCCCGUCAAAGUGGCUCUUUUGGCGCCGAUCUUGCUACCGUCUCAUCUCGCCUGCUAGCUGGGAAGCCUCCCGGUCAACUUGCGAUGAGAUGGGUGGGUUGAUUGCCGCUCCCCAUUCGCACGAGGAGAACGAAUUCAUAGCGAGAAUGGCACAAAUUGAGAAACACAAUUAUCGGUUGUGGAUUGGAUGCAAUGACAGAGAGGCUGAAGGGGAGUGGGUUUGUGAGGGGCAGAAAGGAAAGAAUUCCUUUCUGGAUCAGAACUGGGACUUGGGAGAGCCGAAUUCAGGAUCAUCAGAAAACUGCGCAUUCACAAGGUGGCAAGCAAACGGCAAAUGGCACGACGUGUCGUGUGAUAGGCAACUCCAUGCUGUCUGCGUUCGUGACGCAACGUGCGUCUCUCAGUCCAAGCAUCCCCGUCACUACUGCGUGUCUCUCGAUAACCGUGGCCGUCUCCUCAACUCCACCUGCCUCGUCGGCCGAGUCAUCCGGGGCUUCGUUACCGACAGCUUCGGUGCCUGCGGCUCGGCAUGCGUCGAGGAUGGCGACUGUCGCUCCUUCAAUGUCAGAAAGAAAAACGGAGAGAAAUACUGCCAACUGAACAACUCUACAAGCUCAGAUGAUCGGGAGCAACUGCAAGACGUUGGGGCAUUCUGCGUCUACUCGGAGAUUUGUGAGAACUAGCCUUUGACAAGAACCGAGGAAGCUCGAAACAAGAGAUAGACUUAAAAAUUAAUUCAAGAAACUUGCACUGAACUUUAGAUAUAGAUUUGAACAAUAAUUGUAGACACUUUUUUGCACGUCAU